GGAGGCAAGCGGGAAGCAUUGUGGCAAUUACAUAGACCAGCAUCAUAGUAUCAUCCCUUCAUCAAGAUGUUCAACUUCUUCUCCGUUCUUUUGGUUCUUCUCCCCCUUACGAAUGCUGCACCCGCGAAACAAGACGUUCCCACGGUCAGCAUCGCAUCACCAAAAGCUACUAUUGUAGGAUCAAAUUCUGUCGGCGUGGAUAGCUUCAAUGGCAUUCCGUUCGCACAGCCUCCUGUGGGCCAAUUGCGUCUGAAGCCACCGCAGGCUUUGGCCUCGCCCCUGGGCACAGUCAACGCAACAGGGACCGCAAAAGCGUGUCCUCAGUUCUUCUUCGAUGUUGAUACUAGCCAAUUUCCUACUUCGAUACUUGGAACUCUCCUUGAUACGCCGCUCUUUCAAACAAAAACUAAUGCGGGAGAGGAUUGCUUGACUCUCAAUGUUAUUCGGCCUGCUGGAACAACUGCUUCUUCCGAGUUACCAGUACUCUUUUGGAUAUUUGGCGGCGGUUUUGAGCUCGGCUGGUCAUCGAUGUACGACGGCGCUCAAUUGGUCAGCGACUCAGUUAAUCAGGGCAAACCUAUUGUGUUCGUGGCUGUCAACUACCGCGUAGGAGGAUUUGGAUUUCUACCAGGCGCCGAAAUCCUCGCCGAUGGCUCAGCAAAUCUUGGACUCCUGGAUCAAAGACUCGGAUUGCAAUGGGUGGCAGACAAUAUCGCCGCCUUUGGUGGCGACCCUGAUAAGGUGACCAUAUGGGGAGAGUCUGCAGGCGCCAUCUCAGUUCUGGAUCAGAUGGCAUUGUACGAUGGUGAUAACACCUAUAAGGGGAAGCCUCUCUUCAGAGCUGGUAUCAUGGAUUCCGGUUCCGUCGUCCCAGCGGACCCAGUCGACUGUCCAAAGGGCCAGGUCGUGUAUGACACUGUCGUGAAGGCUGCCGGAUGCUCAUCCUCUAGCGACACCCUCGCCUGCCUUCGCGAGGUCGACUACACCACCCUGCUCAACGCCGCCAACUCCGUCCCCGGAAUCCUCUCCUACAACUCCGUCUCGCUCUCCUACCUCCCCCGCCCGGACGGCUCCGCCCUCACCGCGUCCCCGGAAACCCUCAUCGCCGCGGGCAAAUACGCCAAAGUGCCCUUCAUCGUCGGCGACCAAGAAGACGAAGGCACCAUCUUCGCCCUCUUCCAAUCCAACAUCUCCACCACCGCGCAGCUCGAAACCUACCUCUCGACCAUCUUUUUCGCCGACGCCUCGCCCGCGCAAAUCGCCGCCCUCGUCGCCACCUACCCGGACGACGCCGCCGCCGGCUCGCCCUUCCGCACCGGCGCCCUUUGGAACUGGUACCCGCAGUUCAAGCGCCUGGCCGCCAUCCUCGGCGACCUGACCUUUACGCUCUCCCGGCGCACCUUCCUCACCUCCGCGGCGGCCGUGAAUCCCGGCGUGCCCAGCUGGUCGUACCUCGCCAGCUACGACUACGGCACCGCCGUGCUGGGCACCUUCCACGCCAGCGAUCUGCUGCAGGUGUUUUAUGGCAUCCUGCCCAACUACGCGUCCGCGUCGAUUCAUUCGUAUUACUUUUCGUUUGUGCACCAUUUGGACCCGAAUGAGGGGAGUGGCGUGGCCGAGUGGCCGCAGUGGGCCGAGGGGCAGCAGCUUAUGAAUUUUUAUGCGACGGAGGCGACGUUGCUGAAGGAUGAUUUUCGGAGCGAGAGCUUUGCGGUUAUUGUGGGGAGUAUUGGGAGUUUGCAUAUUUGAGUUUGGUGGGGUUGGG